AAGAGAGAAGAAUGCUGGGCAAUGACUGAGGAUGAAAAUGAUCUACAUUUUCAAACCAGUUUAUGGAAGAUGAGUUUUCUAUCUCCAGCUAGUUCUCCUCCAUCCUCUUCCUCAACUCCUAACCUGCUCUCUCCUUUAGAAACAGAAAUGAAGGAAGAGGAAACUGUUCAACAAAAUGAGGAUAAAGUUCAUAUUCAAGGAUAUACAAACCACUCUCAAAAAACUAAGACGAUGAUCAUGAAAAAUCUGGAAGAGAUAAACCUCUCUGAAUCUGUCCCAAAAGAAGGGUUAAACCGUUCUGACUCCGUCCUGAAAGACAGGAUAAACCAUCCUGACUCCGCCCUUGAGGACAGGAUAUACCGUCCCGACUCCGUCUUAGAAGACAGGAUAGCCCAUCCUGACUCCGCCCUUGAGGACAGGAUAGACCGUCCUUACUCCGCCCUUGAGGACAGGAUAGACCGUCCUGACUCCGUCUUAGAAGACAGGAUAAACCAUCCUGACUCCGCCCUGGAAGAUGGAAAAGGAGGUCUCAUCUCCUCCCUGGAAACUCCCCUAAGCCGUCCUGACUCCGCUUUGGACCUGGAGCUUCCCAAUGCUCAGCGUAGGAUAUCUGUUGAUGGCCAAGAAAGUAAUUCAACUGUAUCAAGCGAAAUCAAAGAUAAGAUUGGAUCACAAACAAGUGAAACUCAAUCAUCUAGCAUGGGAUCCUUUGGAUCCAUGGAGCCAGAAUCUGGGGUUUGGAUUAAAAACGAUGGUAGUCAAUACUUAGCUCCACCCUCCCGUCAGUCUGUCAUGGAUUCUCUUUCAAAAUUUGGGAUUCCUGGUAUCAGGUAUUCACUUCCGCGCUUCAGCUUGGAAAAAGAUGCGCCGGAUCGGCUAAUCAGCCUACGCGCUGAUGCUCUUGAGAUUAUUGAACCUGUCUCCAAUAAAAAUAUAUUAGAGGAAAGAAGAAAUCUGGCAGUAAUGAAAACAUUUGGAGCUUUAAAACAGUCUGGAGGAAAGGUAGAUUUAGAAAGUCUUGUGAGCCUAAGAAGAGUUACUGUUCAAACUAUUGGGAGACCACCGUCCAGAGCUCAGGUUGAAGAUUGGAUCCGUGUCAGGGCAGCACUAACCAAGGUUCGAAGAAAAGAAGACAAGAAACCUUCAAGGGUUAAACAGGUUAUACUGGUGAGAGAGAAUCUGGAUGACUCUGAGGGUUCUGAACUCUCCUGCUCCCUUCCAUCUAGUCCUUGUUCAAGUUCUCAAUCCUCCCCAUCAUGCUCACCAUCAUCAACCCCAUCUCCUCGACCAGUCGGAACCAAAAAUCCGAGAAAAACUCGCCAAAAACGGAAACCAAAUGAUCUGAACACCAGUGAUCUCACAAAUCUGACGAGUCCUCAACUUGAACCCCUGAAAGAGAAUAGAGAAAAGAAUUCCUGUUCCCCUGAUUUAUUUGCAGAUUCUCCUAUAUUUACUCCUUCUACCCGAUCCAGAAAUCCAUCCUGUGAUAUCAUCACCAGGGUUAAUCAUAUGAUAUCACCCAUACUGUCAAGACACAACCCGUCCCAAACUAAAAGUAUGAAUGAGCAUGAAAAGCAUGACAAUAAUGAUGAUAGUGAUGAGCAUAUGUUUGAAGAUUCUCCAAUUCUCCGCAAAUCCCAGUCUUGGAGAACAACUUCUCAGUCCCUGAACUUGUCCAGUUUUCUGAACGAAAGUGUGGAGACGAUCCCUAAGAGAACACCUAAUUCCAGUCGAUAUAUUCCAGACCAAACCUUAAUCACUCCUCAUCCUGAAACCAACUUUUCUAAGAAAGAUGAUCCUGAAACUAAACUGUCUCAGAAAGAUGCUCCUGAAUCUAAACUGUCUAAGAAAGAUGGUCCUGAAACUGAUCUGUCCCAAAAAGAUGGCCCUGAGGCCAGCUUGUCUCAGAAAGAUGACUCUGAAAUCAACUUUUCGAAGAAAGAUGACCCUGAGACCAACUUGUCUCAGAAAAAUGACCCAAAAACCAACUUGUCUCAGAAAGAUGACCCUGAAACCAACUUGUCUCAGACAGAUGACCCUGAAACCAACUCGUCUGAGAAGAAUGGGUUGAUUGAAACUACUCCUAUUUUAAAAAGAGAAAUGAAACCAGGGAAAACGCUAAAAAGAAGGAUAUCUUGGAACCUUCCUAACUCGCAGAAACAGCGGAUAUCAGAACCUAUCCUUGAUCCACAACCCGUUAAACCUGGCUCCAAUCCUGAAUCCCUAGAUGAUACUGAAAGCCCCCUGAGUAAAACACUGCAAGAUAAACUAGAGAAUUCUACAAUAAUUCGAAAAUAUCUGACUCCAGAGCUUGUCAAGAAAUCUAGAUCCCAGGUUGAAUCUCCUGUUGGUGGUGUUCGCCCUGUUCUUGAUCUGCAGGGAGCAGCAGGAGCAAAUAGGAACGAUCAUACUAGUCUUCUCUGUAUGGAGGUGCUGGUGGAGACACGAACAUUCCUCCUUCCAGAUCCAUCGAUGGACAGAAUUACCGGGAUAUUCUACAGUCUAGUUCGAAAAGAAGGAAAUAUAUCAGGUAGAGAGACAUAAACAUUUUGAUUUUAUUGGGAAACAUACAGAGAU